AUGGCAUCUGAAUCUCAACCUUUGCUGUCGCCGCAGAGUACGUAUACGUCUGCUCCUCACACUCUAGGCCGUCAUGGCUCGGGCGAUAAGACGCUCGUGCAGUCGUUCUCUUGGCUGCUGUUUUCCAGCAAGAUCAACCUGCUGCUGGUCUUUGUGCCGCUCGGUAUGCUCGCUGAGUGGCUCCACUGGGGCUCGCUGGCCGUUUUCGUCCUGAACUUUUUGGCCAUUGUGCCCCUGGCGAAGCUGCUGGGUGAUGCUACCGAGCAGGUGUCGCUGCGUCUCGGCUCGACCAUGGGUGGUCUGCUGAACGCCACCUUUGGUAACGCUGUGGAGCUUAUUGUCGGUGUGGUGGCCCUGCUGCAGGGUCAGUUGCGCAUCGUGCAAAUGUCGUUGGCCGGCUCGAUCCUGUCGAACCUGCUCCUGGUGCUUGGUUUCAGCUUCCUCGCGGGUGGUCUGUACCGCCCUGAAAACACCUUCCGUCAGACCGCAGCACAGGCCUCGGGCUCGAUCAUGACGCUUGGCUGCUUUACGAUGGUCCUGCCGGCCGCGUACUGGGCCUCGAUCCGCUCGAGCACCGUGGAGAAGGUGCUCCCGUCCAUGUUCAAGAAGCAUGCGACGCUGCCCAACAACGACGUGUCGAAUGCGAUGGAUGCGAUCCUGUUCAUUUCGCGCUGGACAGCUGUUAUUUUGCUGGUGAUCUACAUUGGCUACCUGUUCUUCCAGCUGCAGACGCACUCGUUCCUCUACGAGGAUGAGGGCGAGCACGAAGAGGAGGAAGAAAUGAUGGCCCCCAAGGCGUCGAUUGCCGCGCUGCUAAUCGUCACGGUCAUCACGUCGUUCAACGCAGACUACCUUGUCUCGGCCAUCGACGACGUGGCGAACACGUACAACAUUUCCAAGGUGUUCAUCGGUACCAUCCUCCUUCCCAUCGUCGGCAACGCCGCUGAGCACGUCACGUCUGUGUGGAUGGCCGCGAAGAACAAAAUGGAGAUUGCCCUGGGUGUCGCGGUGGGCAGCUCGGUGCAGAUUUGCUUGGGUCUUGUGCCGGUGCUGGUGCUCGCUGGCUGGUGCGUCGGUCAGCCGCUCUCGCUGUACUUCCAAGACUUUGAGACCAUCACGCUCGUGAUCACGGUGAUCUUGGUCAACAGUCUGAUUCAGGACGGCAAGAGCAACUACCUGGAAGGCGCGCUGCUUGUGGCGCUGUACUUUGUGAUUGCACUCUCGUUCUGGGUCCAGCCCUCGUCAAUGUAA